AUGGUACUUAAGGUGAGAUGCGAGAAGAAAAAUAUCCCUGAUUACACUUCGUCCGAAAACACACCGUCUUAUGGCUAUGGUGCCUCAACGCCCUCUUCAGCACUUGCUAAGUACGACUUCAACUAUGCUGUCAACGACCCACCAGUUGGUAACGACUUCGGUCAUCAGGAGGCUCGAGAUGGCCCCAACACUCAGGAUUCCUACUUCGUCCUCCUUCCCGACAGUCGCCUUCAGAGUAUCGCCUACAGUGUGAACGGUGAUUCUGGCUACUUGGCCGAGGUCACCUACGAGGGUGAGGCCCAGUACCCUUCCACACCACGCCCCUAUACACCCGCUUCUCAGUAUGCUUAG